CAAAAGACGCUCUUAUCCCGCGCCUGUUUAGCUGCCCCGAUCUGGAGUAUGCCGCGGGGUCGUUACGAGACGCCGGACGUCGCGGAGAGCAAGUACGACGACGACGACGUGACGUUCCUCGUGCGGAAGCUGCGGAAGCUGUUGCGCGCCGAGGCCAAGGACGUGAGUCUGCGGCGGCUCUUCGACGAGCUCGACCGCAACGGCGACCGGCGCAUCACGGCCAUCGAGUUCCGGCGGGGCCUCAAGGACCUGGGCCUCGCCCUCGACGACGACGAGAUCCGGGACGUCAUCCGGCACUGCGACCUCGACGGCGACGGCGAGAUUAGCUAUCUGGAGUUCGAGUCGUUCGUCGAGAGCAACGAGAUGAAGGACGCGGGCGUGCAGGACGUGCUCGACCGGCUGCGGGAGAUCGUCGACCGGUCGCCGAAGCACACCUACGCGGCGAUCCAGCAGGUCUUCGAGGAGUUCGACGAGGACUACAGCGGCGACGUCGACGCGGACGAGUUCCACGCGGGCCUCCGCAAGUUCGGCAUCACCUUGACGGUCGCGGAGGCCGACGAGGUCACGCGGCGCUUCCCCUGCACGCGGGGCCCGCGGUCCGACCGCAACCUGCGGAGCCGCAACCCCCGCGUGCGCUACCGCGACUUCGUGUCCGCGUUGAAGGGCGCCGCGCCGGCGACGCACGAGGCCAAGGACGCGCACGGCGACCGCACGGCGACCUACGCCGUGCGGCGCCUCGCCGAGGAGAUCGAGCGCUGCGCGCGGACGCGGGGCGGCGACCUGGACCUCGGGGGCGUCUUCCGCGACAUGGACGCGGACGGCUCCGGCACGCUCGACCGCGGCGAGAUCCGCGCGACGCUCGAGCGUUUGGGCGUGCGCAUGAGCCGCAGCGAGCUCAUCGACGUCAUGGAGUUCUUCGGCGCGGGCCCGCGCGGCGAGAUCCCCUACGACGACUUCGUCAAGUUCGCGCUCAAGCGCGACCCGGCGACGGCGCGCAUCGCGGCGCGCGUCAAGGACGAGAUCGACCGCCUCGCCGCGCGCCGCCGCGCGCCGCCGGACUACCGCGGCGCCUUCCGCGAGAUCGACAGCGACGGCUCCGGCGCCAUCGACGCGCGCGAGUUCGGCAAGGCCAUGAAAAAUCUGGGCCUCCGGCUCUCGUCCGCGGAGCUCCGCCAGCUCGUCAACCUCUUCGACGCCAACGGCGACGGCCGCAUCUCCUACCGCGAGUUCGUCGAGUUCGUCGAGGGCUCCAAGCGCGACGCGCGCGCCGACGCCAAGUGGUAG